AUGUCAAUUGAACUUGAGCCACAAUCCCAGCUCUCUUUUCAUCGAUUUGAACAAGUAAUGAGGGACAGUGAGAAGCUUGUUAGUCCUUUUACACAACUUGUUAAAGAGGUUCUUGUUGUACGUAAUCCGAACCAUGAACCAGUUGCAUUCAAAGUUAAAACUACAGCUCCUAAACAGUACUGUGUGAGGCCAAACUCGGAAGAGGGACGCUUGAAUUACGCUAACGGCAUUGAUUUCAAAAUAGUUAUUCUUCAACCCAUGAAAGAAGAUCCACCCCCAGAUUUUAAAUGUAAAGACAAGUUUUUGGUACAAAGUAUAGGAAUUACACCAGAACGUGAAACAUUAUCUUUACAAGAACUGUGGGCUAUAACGGAGAGAGAAUCAAAAGAUACGAUCAAGGAAAACAAGAUCCGAUGUGUAUAUUUACCACCAGUUGGAAAUAACUUAUCUCCAACAUUGUCAUCUCCAAAUCAACCUCUCCCAGUUCAACCAUCCAUUCCAGCUGCUCCAUCAAGUCCACCACCAGGGGACAGUGCCUAUUCUGAAUCUCAAAAAUUGAAGAAUGAUCAACCUUUACCACCACCAUACACAAAUGAUAUUUAUUCAAUUGAAAAGAAUUCUUUGGGACAUUCAGACAAAUCGAUCUUAACGCAGGCGGCCACCACAAAUGGUCACUCGACUACACAACGUACGCCUGCAAUCGUUGGCGCGUUCCCUAAAGAUGAUGCAUUCGAAUCUAAGCCCUUCAGAGACGAUGAUGAUCCUGCAAAAUUACGACGACAAUUGCUUGAAGCAAAGGAGGAGAUUGAUCGUUUGAAUCACAUGGUUGAAAACUACAAACAAGAAUUGAACACAGCUCAGAUGAGACAACGUAAGAGUGAAGAAGCUGCUGCUUCAUCGAACAGGCAUAGUGCGUCUGCCAUUGGUGGUUAUUCCGUCAAGACUCAAGAAAAAAUUCCUGAAGGUUAUUACCCGUUUGAGGUGGUGGUUGGCGCUGCAGUUGGCGCCUUCCUAUUUGGA